AUGGGAAAUCAUAUGUUUGUCCUUGUAUCCAAGAUGAAAAGAGUUAAGCAUAUUCUGAUAAAAUGGAAAAAAGCAAAGUUCCAACAUCUCUCUGUUAAAACUCUAGAAGCCAAAAAGGAGAUGCAGUGUGCUCAAGAGAAAGUUCAAAAAUCUCCUUUCUAUCCUGUUGUUGCAAAAAUUGAGAGAGAAGUUGUUUCAAAAUAUUCUACUCUUACAAAAUAUGAAGAAUCUAUGCUGAAGCAGAAAUCAAGAGUGCAAUGGCUUGACCUUGGUGAUUCAAAUAACUCUUUCUUUCAUAAUUCUAUUAAAGAAAGAAGAUCCAUGAAUAAUAUCUUAACCCUUACUUCUACUUCUGGUGAGCAGCUGGAUGAAGAUAUUCCUAUAGCUAAGGAAUGUAUUGAUUUAUAUUCUCUUCUUUUUGAUGAACUCAAAAUUAAAAAUUGUGAUACUAGUAUCUUUGAUUCUCUAAAUUUUAACCAUGUUGUGGAUCAAUAUACUGCUAAUGAUUUGAUUAGAGAUGUUACUAGAGAUGAAAUUAUCUUUGCUCUUUCUACAAUUGGUUCUAACAAAGCUCCUGGCCAAGAUGGGUUUUCUAGUCAUUUUUCAAAGCUUGUUGGUCAAUUAGCUAUUCAAUAUAAUAUUUUGGUCUCUCAUGAACUUGUUAGGAACUAUCAUAGAUCAAAUGGUACUCCUAGAUGUGCUGUAAAGAUAGAUCUCAAGAAGGCUUAUGACACUUACUCUAUUCUUAUCAAUGGGUCUCCAUAUGGUUUCUUUGGUGCUGGUAGAGGCCUCAGACAAGGUUGUCCUAUCUCCACAUACUUGUUUGUGAUUGUUAUGGAAAUUCUCAAUAUGAUUAUUCGACAACAAGUCACUGCUGGUAAUCUUGCUUCUGCCAUAGUUCUUAAAUCUUGUCUUGAUAUUUUCAGCAGUUGUUCAGGUUUGGAGAUAAACAAACAAAAGUAUUCUAUUUACUCCUCAGCUAUUGAUCCUUAUACUCUUGAUCAAAUGGUAGCUUGUUUGGACUGUUCUGUGGAUUCUCUCCCUGUCAAAUAUCUGGGAUUAUAUUUCACUAAUGUGGCUGCAAAUUUAAAGCAUAUUUGGGACAUUGUAUCUGGGGCUCAAAAUGUUUGGACUCACUGGGUGCAAAGAAAUUUGAUUAAGAAUAGAUAUUUCUGGCAGCUCAAGACUCCUCAAGAUUCCUCUUGGUGUUGGGGGAGAAUCUUAGAACUCAUAGAUAUUUCUAAGGACCAUUUUGUUUUUAUUAUUGGGGAUGGAUCAAAAGUUAACUUUUUAAAUGAUGUCUGGCAUCCAAAAGGGAGAUUAACAGAUUGGGUGGAUUCUGAAACUGUCACUGAAUUAUUUCCUGACAAAACUGCUUCAGUUUCUGAAUAUAUUGAAAAUGGCUCUUGGCACCUUCCUCCCACUUCUACUGAACUAGCUCAACAGGUGGUAUCUGAAAUUACUAUACUGGAUUUUAAUCCUGCAGAGUCUGAUGUUGUUAUAUGGAGACCUAGCUCUCAUGGAUUUUUUACAAUCAAAGACACUUAUAAGACUAUUUCCAACCACAAUGAUCCAGUGAUUUGGCUUUAUUUGGUUUGGUUCAAGAACUACAUUCCCAGACAAUCUUUCAUUACUUGGGUAACUCUUCAUGGAAGACUUAAAACUAGAGCAAAAUUAAAACAAUGGGGUCUUAUUGAAAAUCCUUCUUGUGUUCUAUGUGAUGGAGGUAUUGAAACUGAAGAUCAUCUUCUCCAUGAAUAUAAUUUUGCUGCUAUUAUUUGGAAAAGCCUUUUACUUAAGUUAGGUUAUGACAGAGUUGUUCACCCCACCUGGAAGGAAGAGAUUAUGUGGUGCAUUGAACACUUUGCUGGAUCAGAUUUAAUCAGCACUAUCAAGAAACUAGUUUUCACUGUUGUUAUUCCUUAUACCUGGCUUAGACCAGAAGGUGAUAUUAUCAUGGUGAAUACAGAUGGAUCAAAAACUGAUCUAUCUGGAGGAAGUGGUGCUAUUAUCAGAUAUAAAAAUGGUGAUGUUAUUGAUUGUGCCAUUGGUGGCAGCAGUCCUAUUUCUGCUCCUGCUCAUGAGCUUCAGGGGGUUGAAUUGGGGCUUAAGCUUGCUGUUUUUCACAACUGCCAGGAUAUCCAUGUGUGA